UUGCACCGGGCGCGUAUGGCGUAUGGCGCGCUGACGGGCGCGUCUCGUUCAGUCCGCGUCGGCUCUUCGCUCGGGUACAGCGUCGCAUGCGUGGCCGGGGAGGUGCAGCGGUCACUUGUUGCAGGAGGCGGCGCGGCACGUGUGCGCGGCGGCGCGGCCGCUCGCCACGGGCGCAGUGCCGCGGCGGCCGGCGUGGAGCGCACAGCGCCGCACGCGCCGGCAUGCCACGCUAGCGGGAGCAUGCGGCUGCCCCUGCUGCCGCUGCUCGUGCUGCCGCUCGUGCUUGCGCGCCCGGCAGCAGCCGGGAUCUGCUGGACGGGGAUGGAUCGCGGCGGGCGCUGCAGCUCGGUGGCAGCGCUGCGCGUGGGCCGGGCGGAGUGUUGCGCGGGCGCAUCGCGCGCGCCUGCCGCCUGGAGCCCUCGCGACCUCGACAGCGGCGAGAUAUUCUUCUAUAAGGCGCUCUCUGGAGGCGUGCCUUGUGUUGCAUGCGCUGAAUCAUGCGCAGGAGUGUCAUGUGGCAGCGGGCGACGCUGCGUGGUGCGAGGCGGGCGUGCGCGGUGCGUGUGCGCCGCGGCGUGCCGGCGGGUCGGCGCCGUAUGCGGCAGCGACGGCCGGACGUACCCGUCGCUCUGCCGGCUCCGGCGACGAGCCUGCCGGAGGCCCGCCAAACACCUUGUGUUGGACUACCCCGGCCCUUGUCAAGAGGGCAGUUGUGAGGGUGUGAGAUGUGGUGGCGACAAACGUUGCGUGUUGGACGCAGAACUCGGCGCGCACUGCGUUCGCUGUGGCGCGUGCGGCGUGGCGGGCUCGCCUGUCUGCGCGGUGGACGGCCGGACCUACGCCGGCGCGUGUGCGCUGCGACGAGCUGCGUGUGAGCGGGGGAAAGCCCUGCCACUAGCUUAUAGAGGUCCUUGUAUAACGAAUGCGACGUGUGCGUCGAUAUCUUGCGGCGCGGGGCAGCGCUGCGUGUCGGGCGGCGCGAGCGGCGCGCGGUGCGUGUCGUGCGGGUCGUGCGGCGCGGCGGCGCGGCGCCAGCUGUGCGGCUCGGACCGCCGCACCUACCCGUCGUGGUGCCGCCUGCAGCGCGCCGCCUGCCACGCCGGCCGCGUCGUCGACCCGCUACACACCGGACCUUGCAAAGGCAACAAAAACAUAACGGACAAUAGUGUGAUUGAGAGAAGUGUGAGCGAAGUGGACACCACGCGCGUCCUAUAGUCAUUGACUCUCUAGUAUCGUGGACUGAUCCACUGGCUUCGUAGUUCAGGUGACGUAGGCGACGGGCCGGCCGUCAUGGCGCCCCACGCGUCGAUUCAUCUACAAAAGUUUUUGAGCAUUUUCUUCUAAGCCUCGUAAAAGGGUCAUCGUUUUGAAAUACUCAGAUUUAGGUAAUUUUGGGCAAUUGAAUUGAGCCGACUAUUGGUCGAAUGGAGUGGACCUAAUCAGUAACACAGAGCCGUAGUUUAACUUUUUCAGAACCGUUAAGUAUUUAAUUACAAAUCUUAAGGCUCUAAGGGACCGCUCCAUUGUUCGGGACUCCUCGAGUCAGGUAUUAAAAUUCAAAAGUUUUAGCUAGUUUAUAGAUUUAGAUAAAUCUGUCGAGCUGAUGCACCCUUUCAAACUUUGUAGAUAAAUAAUUCUAUAUAUCUAGUUUUAAAUAAUUAACACUUACAUUAUUAAAUUUGAGCACCAAAUCGUACUUAAUAUUUAGUCAAAAUGUUAAACAUAGGGACUGUAGUUAGCACAAUAUUUGGACUUAGGUACUUUCUAUAUGAAUAAAUUCUAAUUUCCGUCUUGUUGAACGUCGCUACAUGAACGAAGCUCGUAUUAGGAUGAAAUGCAACUUUCAUCGGACUGACAUAAUGUUCUUAAAAUUUAAUUAACUCUUAGUACUUUAAGACUUAAAUAAUUUUACUUCACGAGAUGUGGUUAACGCUUAAUGCAAUAUUUAUUAUUAAGUUACGAGUAUGAAGUUUAGUGCAAUAAUUUUAUUGAAAAUUGUAUGAAAUUUAUGUUAUAUGUUUUGUUUUGUUUGUCUUUACACAUGGCUCGAGAUGCGUUAAUGCGUAGCACAUAAAACGUCAACACGACAUUCGGACAUGUUUAGAGUGUUAUACAAUACGUUUUCAGUAUUAUGUGUAUGUAAGAUUUUUAGACUAUCGUUAUUUUCGAAACAUUUUACAUUGAAAAUUAAGUGAUUUUUAUAGACUGUAGGUAAAAAGUAAUUUAUUGUUACUUUUAAAUUAUUUCCAAAAAUGUUUCCAAGACUAUUUGUAUGUGUGUUUUAUCUUCGUGAAUUUCUCUGAAAUGAAUCAAAGCAAUGUGUGAUGUCGAAGCGGUAGGAAACUCUCUCGGUCCUUCUAAGCUUUAAAUUGUAACAUGUUGGUCUACUACUCUCUGUAAUAUUAUGUAAUUAUGUUACUGCUAAUUAUAUAAACAGGACAGCGGACGGCAUGAGCUUUAAUGCACACAUAAUACUUAAUUUAAUACCUACAUCGAAUUACUACUGUUAAUACAAAUUAUUUUAGUCUGGCAAUACAGCGCGAGCGAGGCGCAGGCGCAAAAAUCUCAAAAUUUGAUAUUUUUUUGAAAAUUCGAAGAGGGGAAACGCAGCUCAAUAGUUGUUGAAGUCAUUGUAUAGUCAUAAAAGCUUAAUAAUUAAUUAUAUUAUGUUAAUUCUUUUGUACGAAACGAAAAAUAAUUGUUUAUAUGUGUACUUACUUUAACUAUUGUGAACAAAACAAUACAUAAUACAGUAGCUCGGCUCUUGUCAAUUAUUUACUAGUGCUAAUCACGUUGUUAACUGUGUCUGACUAUAAUAAUACUAAAUUGUUGUAGUUGAAUUCAUUGCAAACAUUAGAUGAUUUGUAUAAUAUAUUGUCCUUGUUUCUUCAUAAAUAUUUUACACUGGUAA